UCAGCUCAAGUACAUCAACUGUGAUCAUAGAUGAGGUCUAUAGCAAGAGACAAAGAAUCGAGGAUACACGUGAUCGUGAUGCUGCGUCUGCCAAACAGUUGAUUGAAGCUGUGCUGAGAGGCAAAUCCGGAGGUGAAGAAGUACUACAGGAGUACCAAACAACAGAAACCCUGACAGAUGCUGCAAGAAGACAAAUGGUUAACAUCCUGGUGGCUCACAUGAUUGACAAUCAUGGGCACCUUCCCACUAAAGAAACCAGAGAGGAUUAUGCACAUGGGAUAGUGAUGCUGUUCCCUUCCCUCAGGGAUCCAUAUUCCAAGAAGGGCUAUGAACACUUCUAUGAUUCUGCAAGCAGCACAGGAUACAUUUCUUGGCGUCUGAAAACAGUCCAGAGGAAGAUUCGUCAAGGAUCUGCAGUGCCACCAAAUAGCGCUAUUUGCUUUUCUCCAGGAGGCCCAAAUUUCAAAAGAACUGUUCAUGUUGAAAGGCAGCUUGAUGGUGAUGCUUGCCAAGAGGCCAUGUCUUUGCUCAACCAUACCACAGACAAUUCCCUGAUUUUCCAGAAGAUGAGAGAGACCUUUCUGCACCGUCAGAAGCUCGUUAAUGACCCAGGCAGAAGUGUUGAUAUCCUCUCCAGCUUCCCAAGAUUCCUGGAUACAAAAGGAUUGGUGGACCAAGACUUCACUCUCCUAUUUGAUGAUGACACAUCCUCCAGGCUUCUUCAGAAAUGGGAUUUGUUCUUCAAGCCAAAUGUCAUAAAAGAGGCUAAGCAGCUCACUUCAACACCAGAGUUGCGUCACUUGGUGCAGUCAGCAGAAAGUCCCCAAGGAGAUGAUCUUGAUGAGGAAACAACCUACGACCAAGAAAUGGCCUCUCUGUUGUUGCUGUUACAUCUCCUUCCACCACCUCCAGGGGGACUGAAAUCUCCCAAAAUUAGUGCAUCUGAUGCAGUUGAGAGACUUGUUGUCUUUCAUAAGUCAUGCUGCAGUUUGGAGGAGCAUCUCCGCAACCAGCAGGGUCGACAGCCAUACCUCCUUGCAGUCGGGCGUCAGAAGAGCAAGAUUGACAGCUUCUACAUCACCAUGGAUAAACAUCUCAUCCCAUGCAAGGCAAUCCGCUUCCUCGGGGCAUGCGAUGAACUUUUCAAAGCACAUUUUGUGUUUAAUUUGUCUUACGAUGUGGCACUAGUGAAUUUUUACACGUUCCUGUAUAACAUUGAUGUGGGGAAAAUGAAGGAUUCGCCCAGACUUAGAGAAUUGAGAGCGAGACUGCUUAACCAUCCAGUAGCACUUACACCCUGUGAAUAAGAAGCUAUAACAAUGCUGACCUGUUUCAUGUGUCAGAAAAAUUAUCCUAGCAGUCAGCAGUUGAUUUCACAUUUAAGAGUUGAACAUGGUUACUAUCCUGGACCCAAGUUCAAAUUGUUUUGUUCUCAGCAAAGUUGUAGGCAUCAGUUCCUGACAUAUGCAGGUUUUCGGAAGCACCUUAAUAGUGUUCAUAGCAAUGUUCAGCAAAUUGCUCAAACUGUUUCAUGUUCAUUUAGUGAGUCAGUUGCUACUUCAUUUCAGGCACAUGCUUUGGAGUACCAAUUUAACCCACAAAAUCAAUGUAGCUCUUCCAAUGAUUCAGGAAUAACUAAAGAUCCAACUAAAGAAAUGUGUGCAUCCAUCGUGGCCAAAUUACAGGGGAGUGGGAUUUCCAACAGUUUGGUAUCCUCAAUUGUAGGAGAUUUGGAGGAACUAACAAGUGAGCUUCGCUCACAAGCAAAGCAUACAGCUAUUUCUGCUUUACCUAUAACUGACCCCAACAUAUCUGUGAUAAAUGAAUCUUUUAAAAAUUAUGAAAACCCAUUCACAAAUUUGAAUACAGAAUGGAAACGAAAUAAAUACUUCAACCAAAAAUGCGUUGUCGAGCCAAUAGAAAUAACCCUGGGAGUGAGAUAUGACAACAGGAGAAAUCCGAAAUCUGGUGCUUAUGAUCAAGUACCUGUGAAGGAUACUUUUAUAUAUGUGCCGAUUUUAGAAACAUUGAAGUUCAUGUGCAGAAAUCCAGACAUUUGUGUUUUGCUAAAGAGAGAAUAUAGAUCAGAGCCUGACACUUAUACUGACUUUUUUGAUGGAAGUUAUUUUAAAACUCACCCUUUGUUUACAGCUAAUAGACAUGCAUUACAAAUUCUACUAUACUAUGAUGAUUUUGAAACAGCCAAUCCCCUUGGCUCCAAACGAGGAAUUCACAAAAUUGUCUUUAUUUCGUUUUAAGAAACUUGCCCCCAAAAUUUAAUUCGGUUUUGAUGAACAUUCACUUGGUAUCCCUUUUUCACACGCAAGAUCUGCGCAAAUAUGGUUUUGAUGUUAUACUAGAACCGUUGAUAAAUGAUAUGAAAAAACUAGAAAGCCAAGGGCUAAGUCUUCCAUUUUCGGAUGAGCAGGUAUAUGGUACAAUCUGUCAGAUCACUGGAGAUAAUUUAGGGAUGCACACAAUUCUUGGUUUUAAUUAAUCAUUCAGUAGCCGUCAUUUCUGUCGCCUUUGUUUGAUUGAGAAGAAUGACUGUCAAACGGUAUUCAGUGAGGAUGAUCCUAAGGUGAUCCUUCGUGGAAAAGAUGUGUUUGAAAUGCAUUGCCAGUCUCUCCAGGAAAACCCACAAUUGAAGUCAAUGUACGGAUUGAAAAAAAUAUCGACACUUAAUUCAUUGAUGUAUUUCCAUGUUUGUAAUAACUAUUCAUUUGAUAUCAUGCAUGAUCUUCUUGAGGGAGUGGUUCAGUAUGAGAUCAAAUUGCUUUUUGGUUAUCUCACACAACACUUUGUGUCAGAACAGGACUUGCUUUCCAGAAUAUAUGGAUUUGAUUAUGGAUUUCUAGAACGAAAAAAUCGUCCUACAAAGAUUAUUUUGGAGAGUGCUGGCAAUUGCAUUAGUUUGAAUUCUAUUCAAACAUUAUGUCUUGUUAAAAACAUCCCACUGUUGUUUGGUGACAUUAUUCCUGCAGGAAACCAAAACUGGAAUUUGUUACUGUUGUUACUUAAAAUAAUUAACAUCGUUUUUUCACCUUCUCUCACUCUAGGUAUGACAAUAUAUUUGAAGCAUUUGAUUAUUGACCACCACAAGUUAUUUAAGCACUUGUAUCCACAUAGAAACUUGAUACCUAAGCAUCAUUUUAUGAUCCAUUACCCAUCUUCUAUAAGGAAAAUUGGCCCCUUAUUGCAUACGUGGUGUAUGAGGUUUGAGGCCAAACACAAGAUGUUUAAAAAUUAUUUUAAAAAAUUCAAAAACAUAACUAAAUCACUCGCUAAAAAGCAUCAGAUGGCCAUUGCUUCACACUGGGAAACCUUCCCCCUCAAACAAAAUGAGUAUGGGCCAAUUAAAUCUUAUCACUUCGUAGAUGAGAAUGUGGUCAACAAGGAAAUGCUUGAAACGAUCUUGUCAAAAGAUGUUUUCUCAACAAGUUGGGUUAAAGUUGAUGGUAUCGAGUAUAAAGCGGGAUUAGUUAUUUGCAGUGCAAUGGAGGAAGACAUGCCAGUCUUUUGUCAAAUAAGUGAAAUACUUUUGGUUGGAGAUCACGUUAUUUUUUUGUCUAAUAAGCUAUUUACAGAGAAUUUUGAUGAACAUCAUCAUGCAUUCAAAGUUGUGCGAAGUGUGGAAAGAUGUCUUUUAAAAAUGUCUGAGAUUGGAUUUGAUAAACCUUUUGAUAUUCAAAGCUCAUACAAUGUUUUAGAUGAAAGUUUGUAUAUUAUACCUUCAUUCACAAUGUUGUAAUUAAACUGACUGCAAGGAAGAAUUGGCACAAAUAAAUUAUUUGAAA